AAACAAUAUGAUGAAAUUUAAAAACACUCUUUAACACCUUUAAUAUGUAAAGUUAUUCUAAACAGCAAAUAUUGAAAAAAAAAAAAAAAAAAACGAAAGAAAAAAGAAAGAAAAGUCAGCAAAUAGAUUCCUAUUUUAAUUAGGAUCCUAAUCCUUUUCCAAUUCUAAUUCCAAAUCCCAAAAAUAAUUGGUUCCAAAGGUGGAUUGAGUUGCCGGCCCUGCAAGUAACUUCUUGCCGAUAAAGGCUUCCUUAGAUGUCUUUCGCGGCUUCAACUUUUUAUAGGGUCGACACAAUUUAGGGCAUUCAAGAAGCUAGAACAUAAACCUUGUUUGCAGAAUUGAACCUGUUCUUGGGGGGAAGCAGUGGAAAUGGUGAUGAUUUUAGUGUAAAUUAUGUUAUCAGAUGAGCGUUGUAGUCCUGAGCAGUUGCUGGUUGCUGUAAGAUUUGGGAUCUAGGAGCUUGUUGCUGAAAGCAUGGCUAAACAUCACCCUGAUUUGAUUAUGUGCCGGAAGCAGCCAGGAAUCGCCAUUGGAAGACUAUGUGAGAGAUGUGAUGGAAAGUGCGUCUUCUGUGACUCCUUGGUCCGUCCUUGCACGCUUGUGCGAGUUUGCGAUGAAUGUAACUACGGAUCCUUCCAAGGUCGUUGCGUUGUCUGUGGAGGAGUGGGAAUUUCUGAUGCCCACUACUGCAAAGAGUGCUCCCAACAGGAGAAAGAUAGGGACGGGUGUCCAAAAAUUGUCAAUUUGGGGAGUGCCAAAACAGAUCUGUUCUAUGAACGCAAAAAAUAUGGUUUUAAGAAGCGGUGAUGGUUAUUGGGUAAUUUAACUUUCUUAUACGUGGAACAACAUUUCAUCGGGUUGCAAUAUUAUGGCAUUUUAAGGGUUUUGUUGCUUCUCGAUAAAAUGAAAAAGAUAUUUUGUUUCCUGAAAAUGAAUAGAGGAAGUAGACGUGAUAGACUAGUUCCCAUCUAAAUGGUAACGUCGUGGAUUUAGACAGUAUUAACCAUCUGUGUGGUUAUCUAAUCCUGCUGCUUAUUGCAAGUAAUUCUUGCCUGAUAUAUGUAUAGAUUAUGCUUGGUGGUAAAUUCUGUUGGCUUGAGUGUAGCACGGGAGACUCAUUGUUAUUCUUGUUUUCUAGUGUGCAACCAGUCAUAUUUGUGUAUUGACUUUUUGCUAGAAGUGGAUUUAGAAGUAAGAUUAUUUUAUUAAUCUAGAGAUUGACAACU